CGAGGCCGCCGACAACGACGACGGAGGCGGGAGGAGCCGGGCCCGGGCUGCCGGGGGCCGACGGAGCAGCUGCACGUUUUGCGGCCGGAGCUCCGCGUCCCUCCCGCUCCCCGGGGCUCCUGCCUCCGGCCCUCGCCUGCCCAGCCGCCCGUCGGUCCUGUCGGUCGGUCGGUCGGUCGGUCCUGUCGGUCGGUCCUGUCGGUCGGUCCUGUCGGUCGGACGGACAUGGAGCUCUUCCAGGCCAAGGACCACUACAUCCUGCAGCAGGGCGAGCGGGCCCUGUGGUGCAGCCGCCGGGACGGACGCCUCCAGCUCAAGCCCGCCACUGACCUGCUUCUGGCCUGGAAUCCCAUUUGUUUGGGGCUGGUGGAGGGAGUUAUUGGAAAAGUUCAGCUUCAUUCAGAUCUCCCAUGGUGGCUUCUGCUUAUCCGCCAGAAAUCUCUGAUCGGCAAACUUCCUGGAGAUCAUGCCAUCUGCAAAAUUACCAAGAUUGCUGUGCUAUCACUUUCUGAAAUGGAGCCUCAGGAUCUGGAGCUCGAGCUUUGUAAGAAGCAUCACUUUGGAAUAAAUAAACCAGAGAAGAUCACACAAUCUCCAGAUGACUCGAAAUUUCUAUUGAAGACAUUUACUCAGAUUAAAUCAAAUGUUUCUGCGCCGAAUAAAAAGAAGAUUAAAGAAAGUAAAGAGAAAGAAAAAUUGGAACGGAGAUUAUUGGAAGAACUCUUAAAAAUGUUCAUGGAUUCAGAGUCUUUUUACUAUAGCCUGACCUAUGAUCUGACAAACUCAGUGCAAAGACAGAGUGCUUGUGAGAAGAAUAACUUGCCCCUCUGGCAGAAAGUGGAUGACAGAUUCUUUUGGAAUAAAUACAUGCUCCAAGAUCUUAUCGAGAUUGGGAACUCAGAAGUGGAUUUUUGGAUUGUCCCAGUCAUCCAAGGUUUUGUGCAGAUUGAAGAACUCGUGGUGAACUACAACGAAUCAUCUGAUGAUGAGAAAAGCAGCCCAGAGACUCCUCCACAAGAGCCCUGCUGUGUAGAUGAUGUUCAUCCUCGAUUUCUGGUAGCUCUCAUUUCUCGUCGAAGCAGACACAGAGCAGGGAUGCGGUAUAAACGGAGAGGGGUCGAUAAAAAUGGCAAUGUGGCAAACUAUGUGGAGACCGAGCAGCUGAUACAUGUUCAUAAUCAUACACUCUCAUUUAUUCAAACCCGAGGCUCUGUGCCUGUGUUUUGGAGCCAGGUUGGCUAUAGAUACAAUCCACGACCACGACUGGACAAAAGUGAAAAGGAAACCGUUUCCUAUUUUUGUGCCCAUUUUGAAGAACAACUGAAAAUUUACAAAAAACAGGUCAUUAUUAACUUGGUGGAUCAGGCAGGAAGAGAAAAGAUUAUUGGAGAUGCUUACCUUAAGCAAGUGUUACUAUUCAACAAUUCUAACCUUACUUACGUCUCAUUCGACUUCCAUGAACACUGCCGAGGGAUGAAGUUUGAGAACGUUCAAACUCUUACAGAUGCUAUCCAUGACAUUAUCCUUGACAUGAAGUGGUGCUGGGUCGAUCAAGCCGGAGUGAUAUGUAAGCAGGAAGGGAUUUUUCGAGUCAACUGCAUGGACUGCUUGGAUCGUACUAAUGUAGUACAAGCAGCUAUUGCAAGAGUGGUCAUGGAACAGCAGCUGAAGAAGUUAGGUGUGAUGCCACCCGAGCAGCCACUACCGGUGAAAUGCAGUAGGAUAUACCAGAUAAUGUGGGCCAACAAUGGAGAUUCCAUAAGUAGGCAAUAUGCUGGAACAGCAGCUUUAAAGGGUGAUUUUACAAGAACUGGCGAAAGGAAGUUGGCAGGAGUAAUGAAAGAUGGCGUUAACUCUGCAAAUAGAUAUUACUUGAAUCGCUUUAAGGAUGCUUACAGGCAAGCGGUUAUAGAUUUGAUGCAGGGUAUCCCAGUCACGGAAGAUCUCUAUUCCAUAUUUACAAAAGAGAAAGAACAUGAGGCUCUGCAUAAGGAAAAUCAGAGAAGCCAUCAGGAAUUGGUUAGCCAGCUGUUACAGAGCUACAUGAAAUUACUCUUGCCAGAUGAUGAAAAGUUCCAUGGGGGAUGGGCACUUAUUGAUUGCGACCCAAGCCUCACUGAUGCCACUCACAAAGAUGUGGAUGUGCUGCUACUGCUUUCUAACUCCGCCUACUACGUGGCCUAUUACGAUGAUGAAGUGGAUAAGGUAAAUCAGUAUCAAAGGCUGAGCCUGGAAGAUUUGGAGAAAAUAGAAAUAGGUCCUGAGCCCACUUUUUUUGGAAAACCUAAAUUCUCCUGCAUGCGACUACAUUACAAGAAUAAAGAAACAAGUGGAUAUUUUCACACGCUCAGAGCAGUAAUGCGCAACCCAGAAGAGGAUGGAAAAGACACCCUUCAGUGCAUUGCAGAGAUGCUGCAGAUCACCAAACAAGCCAUGGGAUUAGAUGUACCUAUUAUCGAGAAAAAGCUCGAGAGGAGGAGUAGUAAACCUCACGAGGACAUCAUUGGCAUCAGAUCUCAGAACCGAGGGUCCCUGGCUCAAGGCAAGAGUUUUUUGAUGAGCAAAUUUUCAUCUCUAAACCAAAAAGUUAAGCAGACGAAAUCCAACGUCAACAUCGGCAACUUGCGAAAGCUCGGGACCUUUGCCAGACCAGAGAUGAAAGUGAACUUCUUGAAACCCAAUCUCAAAGUGAAUCUCUGGAAAUCAGAUAGUAGCCUUGAAACUAUGGAAAGCGCAGGCGUAGCGGAUAAUAAAGUCCAGGCAGGAUCCGACGGGGAGCUCUCUUCGGACAACGAAUCCUACCAUUCCGACGAGUUCCUUGUGAAUUCGAAAUCGGACGAGGACAAGCAACUCGCCGGUUCCCUAGAGAACGUGGGGCACACGGACUACGUUCUGCCUAGCUGCGGCAUCAUCGUUUCGGCUCCUCGGUUGGGCGGCCGGUCCCAAUCGGUAAGCAGCGCCGACGUGCACGUUCCUGCCGAGAUCCCCGCCUCCCACGGGAGCAGGCCCGGGAGCGAACCCAGAUCUCCCGUGAAGAGAACCCCUUCGGCCGACAGCCUGCUGGUUAACUUCGCGAAACCCGUCGACGCUUACUGCCACAGGUUCGUACACGACGCCCAGAGUCAGAUGACCGACUCUCCGGAAGCGGAGAAGAGCUGCCUGCUACAAGCCCAGGAGGUAGAGCACAGCACCGGCGUCCUUUCCAAGGCGAGAACACGGUCAGAGACGACAGAGCCCGAGACCCCUUCCCGACCGUCUAAACUGGACGUGCCCUUCUCAGAGCUCGGCCCGCAGUUCCUGGCGGUGGAAGCACCGUUCUCUGUCACGUCGCCGAAGACGCCGGGCUCGCUUUCCGGCGCGCCGGAGGGCGAGGCGGGGCUCCUCCCUACCCCUUCUCCCGCAGAACCCAACGGCAGCAGGGCCGUCUCUCCCUUCGCCAAGAUCCGGAGCUCCAUGGUUCAAGUGGCGAACAUCACCCAGGCGGGACUGACUCAAGGGAUAAACUUCGCAGUGGCAAAGGUCCAGAAGAGCCCAGCGGAACCCGAGCUGGGUCACGCAGCCCAACAGGGUCAACUGAGAGACAUGUUUAUCCAGUGCCAAACACGAAUAAUUCAGAUUUAGUCAACCUCCCCCUCCACCCCUCCCCACCCGCACAUAUCCUUAACUGUGGCUUGUAAGUAUUCCCGACCAAGAGAAUUGCACAUGAGAGGCCCAUAUGAUUUGUUACCGCCUCUUGAAUUUGGGAAUCUGAAAUUCCCAUGUCCGUGGGGAAACUUGCUUGGUGCCUGAGCGGAUUUCAGGCGACGGCGCACCAUCCCGGCGAGGGGUCUGAACAGGUAGCUUAUACACUGACACGGACCGGUGGGCCGUUCACUUUAAAACGGCCAGUCCCGGAACCGGCCCCGUAGGGACGAUUUGGGUUUUCAUUAAGAGGUUGGGCAUUGACACGUUUACCUUUAACUCUGUACUGUAGGAGCAAAGGAUCUAAGUGAAGUCACGUUUGGCACUCAUUUUGGUAAUUCACUUUUCCUCGGAAUAAAAAGCUGUCGUCCUAUUUGCGUGACGGUGCCUAUGCAACUUAGUCGAAACGGGCUGCCGGGAACGUAGAAGGUUUUUAUUGAGUUGAAUCUAAGAGAGCAAGCCAGCGUUCAGUAAUAAGCCACUUCAGGAGUUGAAUGUGCUUUUCCCUGUGAAAUAGAGGGCCUAGUUACCCCCAAAAUACUAUGUAGCAGAACCAACUAGGGGCCGACGUUUGCCUUUUAACCCGCGAGAGCGAUCUUAACACCCCGCCGCCUAGAACCGACUCGAUCCGAGGCAAUAAAACCUCUGCGAACGGCGCACUUUCCGGAUCCUUAUAAGCCCACUCCCUAAUUUCUUAGUAGCGGGAACCAAGUUAAACGUGUCUGCUGGCUCUUGCUUAUUCCAGUGUGAGAAAGUCCAGUCUCUCCCUUGUUUCUUCAGUCCUCCCACACGCUGGGAUUUCCCCUGACGGUGUAACCCGGCCUGCCACCUCUGAGAGCGAGAUAGUCUGAAGAUGUUGCUCGAACUAGUUUGAAACUCUAGCCCCCACUGCGUAGAAGCAGUACCUCGGUGUUUAGUACGUGUAGCGUGUGUGUGGAUAGGUUGCCUUGGAGCGUUCCGAACAAGUGUCAUAACCGUAGUACGUCUUUCAAGCUUUCCUGUUUCGAAACGAUCGCCUAGACGACUUGUGUCUGUUAAAAACCGAUAGUUUUCAACUGUUAUUUAUUAAUGUUUUAUUACAGUGACGUGUCUUUCGAAGUGCAUCCAUACAACCUUGUGACUAAAAUACCAUUGUAUUUUAACGUGAAGGUAUGUACAUGCGAAUUAUUUUAAUAAAAAAAAAUUACAAGUUGCUCUA